AUGGAGUUGUUUGCGGAAAAACUCUUUAACGAUUCAAAUUUAUGCAAAUUUUCAAACUGGGAAGAUUAUGGUUUAGCCAGUUUUAGAUGCUUAAAGUCGUUGUCAGUCUUUCCAGAAGAUACCCGGGACAGAGAAGGAAGGCAACGCUUUUUUCCUUCCGGACCGUGGGAGGAAUUGUUCAACAUAAAGGAUAGUAAUUAUCCGUACGACCCGAUAAACGGAACGACGCAGGAUAUUUUCCACGAAAACGUUAUUGCAUUUCAUCACCUGACUCCCAACGAAUUAUUACUAGCUGAAGCGAUGUACAGGAUAAUACCCCACGACAUCAGAAAUAUCUGA